AUGACUUCCACCACUGUCGACGAGGAUCUAACCUCCAACAUCCAGCCUCCAAUCGGCGCCUCUCAUGAGGAUCUAUUUGUCCUCCUCUGCGACUCCCAGGACAUCCCACCGGCUGCCGACAUCCUGCCUGGGCUUCCUACUCCCCAAACAUCCGGAAGAAAGCAAACUCAAAAAAGGAAACAUAUCGAGCCAGCCGGUACUGCACACAAACGGGCCGGUGGCCAAGUUCGUCCGGGUCCAAGCACACCUCCAGCCAAUGACCCAGUGAUUGCAGCGCUGUCUAACAUUCAAGCAUCACUCCUUGACAUGACGGCCAGGAUUUCCACGCUGGAAAGCGACGCCAUCAGACCUUCGUCUUCACCGACCGUCAUUUCCGCAUCAGGAGUCUCCACCGCACCUGAACUGCGUCACCUCCAGCACCAGCCUCAGCGUGAUGACGUCACUCCAGAGUUCAUUCCCAGAAGGUCCCUGGCCACCGCUGUACCCCUAACCACGGGCUCGCCCUUCUUCCCACCGUCUUCUGCCAUCCCUCAUCACUUGAGGAGCCAAAUAUUAGCAGAAAUUCCAUCGCCUGUGUCCAGAAGCAGCCCAGUCAAGCCUGGAAUGCCCCCCGUUCAGCCAAACCAUUUUAGAUUAAAUGAUCCGCUGCAAUCUUAUGUAUGCGUGGAGGAGCCGCUGUUUGUCACUCAGGAGCCUGGUUUGCAUCUCAUCUACGCCUCCUCUGCCAAUUCUGCAGACUGCCUCCAGACCGUUAUACAGCCCAUUUUCUGCGUAUAG